CUGGCAUUAGAUUUGCAACGUAAACGCUUACCAAUAUUUAAAAAUCGAUCUCACAUUAUAUACUUAUUAGAAAAUUAUCAAACAUUGGUCCUGAUUGGAGAAACUGGUUGUGGGAAAAGCACUCAAAUACCUCAGACACUGAUAGAAACAAUCUUUUGAAACAUACCUCUAUAUUUUGAAUCAAUUACACGUAUAUUUUCAUUUAUAAUUAAUGACUAAGUAUUGAUGAGUGCACGACACGUAUGUGAUGUCAAUUGAUGAUAAGAAUGUGAGAUAAGAUAAAACAAUACACAUUGAGAAUAAAGCUAAUAAAACAAAAUCUAUAAAAUAAAACCUGUUCCCAAGAAUCUCACACAUCACAUUGCCUUCCGAACAGUAAACGAACAUAUUUAAGUUUAAAAUGAUAACUUACACGGUGGAAAAACGACUGAUAUUGUCAUUUUUUAUGGUGUAUAUAUUUUUUUGUAUUGCAAUGGAUUUACGAUUGUAUUAUCGUGUGCAAAAUUACUCAAUACGGCCUACAAAGGAUGAGCCGAAGUAUGAGUCAACAGUACCUUGUGAUUUAAAUCCAUUUUGUGCAGUGACAGUAAAAGGUUUAAUGCUGGAUUAUCUUAAUUUUUAUGUACUUGGACCGCUGGCAGCUUUUGCGGAUAGAAUAUUUUUACUAAGUAAAAUGGAAUGGCUGUCACCGAACUACCUAAGUUUUUUUCAUGUAUUCAUAGCUGGCUUGGCUGGUAAAUUAAUAUCUAAUAAAUCAUUAUCCCAGCGUAGAAUUGGCGUGAUAGUAUUUCAAGUCCGUUCUUGGCUGGAUGAUGUUGAUGGACUGGUUGCGAGAAAGCGUAAAAAUAUCAGCGGUGAACAUUCAGAUGUUGGAAGCUCUGGAUAUUAUGUCGACGCUAUUUGUGACUCUCUUGGAACUGUUGCGCUAAUUAUUGGAAUAUAUUACUACCUCAAAUCUAACUUUGCCGCUCGAGGACGUGGUGAAUAUGUUAGAUUACAACCAUUUGUUACUUCUAUUGAAAAUGCUCCCGUUGGCUCUUGUAUUGUUGAUAAGAAAAAAAUACGCUUUAACAGUGUUGUACCAACGAUAUUAUUAUUUACUGGUACAUUAAUUGCAUCGAGCUUGGCGUGGAAUCGCUACAUUGAUUUGUAUCAAAAUUUAUUAGAAGGAGAUUACCAAGUAUCUGCAGCUCUUUCCGAAGACGUUUUUUAUCACAAACAAUCGGAUGUUAUACGUAACAGCUUUUUUUUAUUUAUAACAACUGCGUGGAAACUUAUUAAUCCACACGCUCUUACUGAUUACCUUUUAGUUUCUAUUUUUAUUGAUAAGUUAUGGGGAUACCUUCAUUCCGCCUGUUGGAUGACUUAUGUUGUUAUAUUUUGUUUUGUUUAUCUAUCUGAUUUUCAUUAUAUGCAAAACUAUAAAUAUAUAUGGGAUAUCGGGUCUUCAUUAGCUGUUUCUAGUGAAACAAUUAGCAAUAACACUUUAUUAUGAUUAAAAUUUAAUUACUUCUCGAUGAUAAUCAGCAGAUUCUAUGACUUUAGUUUUAUGUAUUUUAUUUUUUUUACUUUGUGUACCAUUUGAUUGGUAAAAAAAAUUUUUAAAUAUUACUCGUUAAAUUUUAUAAAAAAUAUGCAUUGCUUAAGGGAGAUAGCCACUGUGAGGAUCGAAAAAAUACGUGAUUUUCGGGAAUUUUUUUGACUGGGAUAAUAAAAGAAUUUUGGGAUCGGGUUUUUUUUUGUUUUACAAAGUAUACAUUGAAGAUUAUUCUCCUAAAUUUUGAUUAAAAAAUAUCAUGUUGUUACAAAGUUAUAAGCAUUUUUGUGCGUUGUAAUCUGCAUGCGUGUGGUUAUCGUUGCUCGUAGAGGAUUUUGAAAAUUUGGUUAAAAAAAAAAUGGCGACAUAUUAAAAAUUUUUUCGUUUUUUUUUCUCAUUUUUUUCGAUCCAAACAGCCUUAAAAAAUCAUAAAAAUCAAAAUUUUCAAAAUCUACGUGCGACUAUAGUUAAUGAAUAGACAAAUACGAAAAAAAAAUUGCAAAUCGAUUGAUAUUUAUGCAAAUUACAAAUUCUACCGGUUCAACAAAAGUAGUUUCAAGAAAAACGCGUUUUUGUCGAAGCGCCGCGCGUGCAAUGGUCAUUUGACACGCUGCCACAAAAAUGACUAUAACUCGAAAAAUAUUCGGAAUUUUCAUAUGAAACUCUAGAUAGAUAUUUUUGAAUGUAUAAACUUUGAUUUAAU